UCAUUUAAUAUCCAACUAAGUUCUAUACUUCUAUUCACAGUCAAAUAAACAAUCAUUCAUCUCCUCCAUUUCUCUCUCCCAAUGUUUUUCAGAAAACCAUCACCAAUUCAACCUCAAAAGCAUCAACCAUGCACAACAAAAUCCCAAAGCCUCUCAAAAACAAAAGAACCCCACAUCACCACAAUUAACCUACCCAUAAAAUCAACUGUCUUUGCAUCUUUCUUCAUUGCAUCAUGUUUCCUCUUUCUCCACUUCCGCCACCCAACAACCACAACCACCACCACAACCACCGUCAACACCACCGCCACAUGCAACGGUUCACCUCCAUUCUACAUCUACAACCUUCCUCCACGUUUCAACCUAGACCUCCUCAAAAACUGCCAAAAUCUCAACAUCUACAUGAACAUGUGCCCUCAUGUCAUAAACAAUGGACUAGGUCAACCACUCUCCAAACCAUCAUGGUAUGCAACACAUCAAUUCUUAGCUGAAAUGAUUUUCCAUGCUAGAUUAGAAAACCACGUGUGUCGCACGUGGGAUCCAAAUCAAGCAAUUCUCUUCUACAUACCCUUCUACGGUGGUCUCUACUCCUCCAGCGUCUUCCGGCAAAACAAUCACACUCUCCGUGACUCCCUCGCCGUUGAUUUUAUCGAUCACAUCAAAAAACAACGUUGGUUCAACCGCUACAAUGGUAAGGACCAUUUUAUUUCCCUGGGGAGAACCGCAUGGGAUUUCAUGCGCACAAAAACCGGUUAUGAUUUCGGAGCCAACAUCCUUUUAAAUCUGCCACCUGUCAAAAACAUGUCGGUGCUAACAGUUGAACGACAGCCUUGGAAAGGGAAAAACCAAAACGGCAUACCAUACCCGUCGUAUUUCCACCCCAAAACAAAAACAGAAAUGCUGACGUGGCAGAAUAAAGUUCGACAAAACGACAGGCCGUUUUUGUUUUCUUUCAUCGGUGGGAAGAGGAAAGGGUUAGGAAAAGCAAAGAUUCGCGACGAGUUAGUUAAACAAUGUAACGAGUCGACUCGGUGCGAGUUGGUUGAAUGUGGGGUUGGGAAUAGUAAAUGUCAUGAUCCAAUGGAAGUGAUUGGUGUAAUGAUGAAGUCACGUUUUUGUCUUCAAGCGCCAGGUGAUUCUUUUACGAGGAGGUCAACGUUUGACUCGGUGGUUGCCGGUUGUAUACCGGUGUUCUUCUCGCCGCAUACGGCGUAUACGCAAUACGCGUGGUAUUUUCCGGAGGAAAGAGAUACGUAUUCGGUGUAUAUUGAAGAGGGGGGUGUAGGGAAAAAGAGGAAUUUGAUUGAGGAGGUGUUGAUGGGAAUUUCGGGGGAGGAAGUUGAAAAGAUGAGGGAGGUGGUGAUUGGUUUGAUUCCUAGGAUUAGUUAUUCGCAUCCGAAUGGGAGUGAUGUUGGGUUUUUUGAUGCGGUUGAUGUAGCACUUCGAGGACUUGCUAAGGUUGUUGGGGAUAAUAUUGGGAACCAUGAGAUUUGAUUUUUUAGGAAUUUUGUAUGCAGUUAGUUACCGACAUGUUGUUCACCGACAUGUCUUUUUUUUGUUUGUGAUGAUUGUUUCAGAUAUUGAAUAACUACCUACUUCUCUCACGUUUAAUUUUGUUUAUUACGGGUGUGUCUGGAUUGGCGGUCAGAAUUGAUUCUGAGAGAAUUGAAUUUAGUAGAAUUAAUUUUAACAAAAUUGAAUUUAGAAGAAUUUAUUUAUGUUUGGAUACAAUGAUAUAGAAGUGAUUGUUAUCAAUUAAUGUUGUUUGGAUAAUUUUAACAAAAUUGAUUUUGAAUUGUAUAAAUAUCAAAAUAGUAACGAAUUCUAGUACAAAUAAAAAAGAAAAGAAGUAAUUGAUGAAAAUUA